AUGGCUUCCAAGUCAGACGAACCUCAGAAGCCUGCCGACGCGACUGGCGGAGACGCCCGCACCCCGCCCUCUGACAACGAUGAACGCCCUGUCCGCGAACAACUGAAGGAGACAACCAUCGAUGCCGCGGCCGUGAACGAUGCGGUCGAAUGUGCCUCCAAUGGCUCCGGUACGGAACAGUCCAGCGGCAGGAAGCGAUCAUUCGAAGAAUCUCGCGACGAGGAUGACGAGGCGGCCAACAACAACGAAGGCCCACGGAAGCGAUCGCGCGAAGCCACUCCAGAGGUCGCAAAGGUCUCUGCGGAGGACAAGAACGUGAGUGAACCUACCCCAAAGGACCCCGAGCCCGCCACCCUCCCCAAACUGGCCACGGAUGAGUCCUCCCAUGGAAAUCGGAACGACCCAGACAUCGAGUACAUUAUCAUCUCGGAUGUUGAGUCGGAAGAGAGCCUGGUAGUCGUAGAACCGGCUCCCCGUGAAGCGUCCCCGGAGGUUGUCUUGGUGUCGGACUCGGAGUCGGAACCUUCCUCGGACCACUGGAUUCAAAUCAUUGAAGCGCCUUGUGUGGAAGGGGGUUUUGAGGAUCUGAACCCAGAAGAAGGCGAGUCUGACAAGACUCCCUCUUCUCCAUCGGGCGCUUCCGUGCAGGAAAAAUGCCACAGCUCUGUAAACCAAAAGUGGCUAGAGUGUGUCCAGCCCUCGCCCGAGUCUUCGCGAAAGUCGAAGCUGUCUGGGGCGCGGACUGACCGCCCGGCGGAUUUUCCAGCGGAAUCACCAUCCUGUGGCCAGGACGCCCACUUCUUGAAGAACGAUAACACCAACACUUCUACACAGGGCACCGAAAAUAAGGACUCCGCCAAGACAAUGAAGGAAGAAGAGGUCCAAGUGAUUAAGAAGAAGAGGAGCUUGGAUCAAGUGGAAGAUGAGGGCGCAAAGAAGUCGGAAGAGACGGAAACCAAGCGACACCGGGAUAAUUCCCAAGAGCGUGAGGCCCAGACAGCCAAUGCUUUUGCAAAAAGUGCGUUCGGCAGCGCGGCCGCAUCGUCUCCGUUUGCUUCGCUUGGAAGCUCCAAUUUGACAGCAGCCUCAACUUCCACUUCUGAAAAACCAGCCCCGACAUCUGCUUUCGCUUCUUCAGCUUUGGGCUCAUUUGCCGGCUCAGAGACCUCCCCCUUUGGCUCCUUUGGCGCUUCAAGCCCUUCGGUGUUCAAGUCCGGCACUAGCACCUCUGCCUUUGGCUCCUCUUCCACGUCUGGCUUUGGUUCUCUAAAAAAUGGAUUUGCGGGGGUUGGAGGUGGCUUUGCUGCUGCCGCCAAGACUGGCGGGUUGUCAAACUUUGCGUCUCCUGCUGCCGCUUCACCCCUCGGCGGCGAAAUCAAGCCCUCGACUUCCAAGCCUCUCGGUGCUGAUGACUCUGCGGAUGAAGGAAGCGACGACGAUGAGGGUGAAGGAACCAAUACCUUCGAGGCUGAUAAGACCGACGAACGGUUCUAUGAACAGACGAUCUCGACCGGUGAGGAAGAAGAAGAGAAUGUGUUUUCAUGCAAGGGUAAACUUUUCCAUUUCAGCGGCGAAUGGAAAGAGCGUGGUGUUGGCACUUUCAAGGUCAAUGUUCGCAACGAUGAAGAGGGCAAGCGACAUGGUCGGAUGAUCAUGCGCGCCGACGGUGCGUUGCGUGUUAUGCUGAACAGCCCUGUCUUCAAGGGCAUGACUUUCGGUGACGCAAAGAAUGAAGAACCAUCAUCGAAGCAAAUCUUCCUGGCGAGCAAUGAGGAAGGCCGCACAGUGCCCUUGCUGCUGCGCGUUGGAAAUGAAAACCUUGCCAAGGAUCUGUACGGCAUCAUCAAAAGCCUUCUUGACGACGAAUGA